CUGACCCUCAUCGCCCGUGAUGUCUCCCACGCGCCUUCCUCGGAAUUGACAAGAAUAUGAUUUAUGGGCCAUGGUGCGCUUCGACACACGCUGCGGGCGGCCAUCGGACCGGCACUGAUCAGCACAGCCACUUGAGGCCUCCAAUGCCACUGCCAAUGCCACUGAACUGAUACUGUAGAAGAAAUAACGCUCCGCUCGCACUGUCAAGCCGUCCAACUAAGAACCCUUCUCGCGCAUACGCCUUCCUGGGUGUCCGUGGCCAUCAUGUCUGCUUCCGCCGCCAUCCAUCAGGACGAGAUAUACCCCAGCCCCACCAUGAACAUGAACAUGAACGUGCCAGCAUCAGUACGAACCCUAGCCGUGGCGGAGCUCGUCGACAUGAUUGCAGGCCAUCUCCCCUCCGAGGAUCUCAUCGCCGCCUCACAGGUCUGCCGGAUUCUGUACAUCCAUUUGCAUGAGUCCAGCACCACACGAAAGCGACUACUGCGCGCAAUCCAGAUGAAAGCUACGAGGAAUAACUGGAAACAAGUGCCGUUCGCAGAUCGCUACAACAAGACUCCCAAUUUGUGCCCGGCAGAACCGCCAGGAGUUGACGUGGAGCCUUUUUCGCCUCCUCCAGCACCUCUGACCAGCUUGCAGUGGAUAUGGGAAAGGCUGAAGCGCGCCCGAGAGCCUUCGCCUCCGCCGCCUGGACUACUGAUGCGACCAGCCUGGUGCAGUAACACGUACUGCACUGGAAGUUGCAUGCUUUGCCGUCCUCAAUGAUUGACGCUAUUGGCACUGCCCGCUAGCAAUAUUGGAAUUCCUACAACCUGGCCACCUGAACACCCCCAUGUCAAGAAGUAGAUUGCUUAUUCUUUGCUGGAAGCUCAGUGGCCCCGUCCACGUCAUUUCGGCAGAGCGACUGGCGGAACUACUUCUACUUCUACGCAAAAAUCUGU